AAACGUUGCAGUGUACCUGGUGACGUUUUUCCUCAAACCUCAGCAUUUUUGAAAAGAAAAAUUAGACUCCUACUCGGUUUCAGACAUAUUGUUGAUACGCGAAUUCGAUCUUUCUACCGAACAGGGUGUGUGCAGUUGAAUACGAUGCUAAGAAGUCAAGCCUGUUCAUUGAGUGAGGUUCAGCACAAAUUAGCAUUUGUUUUGAUUUGAUAUCGUACAGGUUUUCAGCACGACAGACGUCAAAUUGCUCAUUUCAGUCACAGUCAUAGAAAUCUGCACUUUAACGGGAACUUUGCCUUCUGUUUUUGGGAUCCAGCAUCUUUCACAAAUGGAUGUAAGCAUCGCUGUGUCGCUGAUUCGAGGCCAGAUGGGUGCUGUGGUGGAACGUGCAGUGAAUGGAGCAGUGGAGACAGUGCUAUCGGAAAUGCUCAAAGUGGUUGGAGUUAAGUUUGAGGAGCUGAAAGCUCAGGUGGCACUGAUGAAGAGGGAUAUCACAACUUUGCAGAGGGAGAAAACCCUGAAGGAGAAAGAGAAUGAAAAUAUCCGUGCCAAGCUGCGCUACACUGAGCUAAAACUCAAGUAUUAUAGACAGGGAGUGGAGGAGGAGCUCCAGCAAAGAGCCUCUGCCUCUGCUUUGGUCCGCAUCCACCCAGCGUUUUUUCCCCAAUCACAGAAAGUUGACACAAGCCUCAUCUCUUCACCAUCAUGUUUGACACAGAUGAGGGGUGCUGAAGAAAUACUGAUGAGAAGCAACCAAGAGUGUGAUAUUGCACCGAGCAACGAUGCAGAGCUGGUGGAGGAUUGUGAAUGGACUGCCACUUUACAGACAAACACAGAAGGUUUUGAUACAACACUGGUUCCAGCUGCUGUACAGUCUGUGACUCUUGAACCAGAUAAGCAGUUUUCCACUGCCCUGUUGUCCUCUGAUGGUUCCAUCCAGGCUGACAGCUCUGCAUUGCCUUCCCCCACUCCACAGGUGAAACAGGAAGUCCCUUUACAGCAACAAGAUGAGGAGGUGAUAUAUAUCAAGGAAGAGCCAGAAGAACAGCAGCAGGUGAUGGGCAACCUGCUGUUGAACUGCCAGCUGCAACAGGAGCAUCUCCCAGGGUCAGAGGCACAGAUGUCUUUGAGUGAUUCCAGAUUUCAUUCCACCCAGAAAAACCUUCCUGUUCACACAUCAAACCUCAGCUCAACUGGACCAAGCUCCUAUUUAACUCCUCAGCCCUCUGUAGCAGCAUCGCAGUCUGGCGUCCUUCCUCGGCAGGCAACACGGCCAUGGUCUAAAGACCUUAGCCUCUAUGAGGAGUACAAACUCAGAAGAAAUGAGCUUCGCCGACGCAGUCUCAACAGACGCAGAGAGCUAGAGAAAACACUGCCUCAACCACUGCUGGCUGACCUGGUGCGAGAGCGUCGAGAGAAGACCAGACUGAGGGUGGCCAAAUGGAGAGCGAAGAGAAAACUCCAGGCAUGUCUGGACCAGGUUCAGGCUCAGGGUGGUGGUGCGGUGCUGUCUGACCAUCCUGGUUUUCCCAUCAGUGGCCAGCAUGAGCAGCCCAGAGUGGUUUCUGGUUGCAGCUCCAGCAAUCAGCAGUUGCCUCCAGCUCACUCAUCAGCAAACUCUGCCUUUCUGCCUUCCUCCACAUCUCUGCUCUUGAGAGGCUCCGUUACUGCACCUGCCAGUCAGCACACCAUGACAUCAGCAGCAGCAGCAGCCUUCCCUCAGCAGACUGCAACUGUGAUGGAUGUCCAUAAUGUUCAGUGAGGCGUACACAUGCUUCAAGCCAUGUAGGGAGCUUCCAGGAGGAAAUUGCAUCUCCUCAUGCUGCAGUUCAAAAGAUGGAAACUGACCAAAGUUGGGUUUUUGUUUUUGAAGGUCCUUUUGAAACUGUUGAUCCAGUUUGCUUUGACAGAGCCUGUGUGUGGAGAGCAGAAAUGUUAUUUCGCAAUAGUCUUCAUGAGACUGUUCACCUGCUGUGACAUACUCAUAUAAAUGAAUAUAUAAAAUCUGAUUUGACAUAUCUAAAAUCCACAGAUCAGACACACAAUGUUGUGCAUUCCACUAUGCAGUGAAAUUAUUCCACUAAACAUAAGCAGACUGUGUUGUUUGGCUGCUGUGACUUCAUUAGCUGUGUUAGAAUAAAUUGUUGAAUUGUAUGACA